UAAUAUUAAUUAGUACAUUUGCAACCUUCCUGAAUCAUACGGGAUGUGCUACUUAAUAUUCAUUCGAACGUCUGCCUGUUAGCCAAUCGCGUAGGACUUCUAGCUGAGCGUCUCGUGACGCGACGCCUUCGCCUUAGUAGAACACGUAGUCUAUUUUUAAACCCUUCUUUUUAAUUACCUCAAACAUUAACGAGACGAAAAAACAAAAAUAAAACAGUACGGGAUGCAUAUAAAAACGAAUAAAACAAAACGGUUUAACCACCAGACAUACGUAAUCAAUUCGAGAAGCUCGAUUGAAGCCAAUAACACGGUCGCAUCUGUCUGUGUGUGAUUAUUAUUCCUGCGCAGGUGGUUGCCAAGCGACGCGUUUUUUCCGUUAUUUUAAAUCACAGGUGCUGUGUGAUGCCGUUGAAUUAGUGUGAUUAUCCAGACUAAACAUGUCAGAAAGCGAUAAAACGUGUUUGCCGCUGAUUAUUUAUUAUAUGAGGGAGAAGUACUACAGACGUGCCUUGAACACAGCUGUGAGGAAUUUAAAGUUGUACAAUAAUGAUCCAGUGCUCCGCUUCUUCAAAGCUUUUGCAACUCUGAUGGAAGGGAACACACAGGAGGCUCUGAGAGAGUUUCUUCAGCUGAGGGAUCAUCCUCAUCUGUCUCUGUGUUCCGCAGCAGCUUUCAUUCACGCACGCAGACGCUCUGAAUCUACCGGAGAUCUAGAAGCCGUGACCGAGCUGAAGCGGUCUGGAUCUGCAGCCGGAGACCGAGCCUUGUAUUACGCAGCGCUGUUCUACUGGAUCCUGGACAUGAAGCUGAAGGCCAGAGCGUGCGUUAAAAAGAUGCUGAAACUCUCUGAAACAUCACCGGAGGGGCUUAUUCUGAAGGGCUGGAUCGUGUUGACCUCUGACACUGAAGAGGACAGACCUCAGGCUCUGCGCUACUUUAACAGCGGUGUUCAGGACACUGGGGAUUUAUUUGGACUCAUGGGAAAAAUGGAGUUCUUCAUGGCGACGCAGAGUGAGCAGUGCGCUCUUGACAUCGCCGAUCAGAUCAUCGCCUCUCAUCCGGACUUCAUCCCGGCGCUCCUCAUGAAGAUGAAGGUGUUCGUGUCUCUGCGUGACUGGGAGCAAACCGAGGCGCUCGCACAGAGAGUUCUGGAGAGAGACGGACGUGAUCUGAAAGCUCUUCAGAUGUUGACGGUCAUCGCUGCGGCUAAGGAUGGAAAUAUGGAGCUGGUGAAAGUGCGUCUUCAGGCUUUAAUGAGUGCGCUUGAGAUCUCUGAGCCCUGCAAUCCCAGCCUGCACGUGGAGAUCACCGCAGCCAUCAGCAGACUGUGUGGACACAACCCAGAGAUCCUGCAGAUGUUGACCGUGUUUGUGCGUCGAGUGUCUUCACGCACGCCUGAAGUCAUCUGUGAGCUCGGCUAUCUGCUCAGUCAACAAAACAUGUAUAAAGAGGCCCAUAAAUGCUACUCUGCAGCACUGAAAACAGACCCCAAGUGCACCUCAGCAUUAAUAGGCACUGUUAGAUGUCUGCUGAUGUGCGAUCAUCUGGAGGAAGCUGCUCAUCAGCUCGCGUUCUUCUGCGAAGUGCAAGAGUCUUUUGGAAACACAGCGGAAGUUCCUCUGCUGAAGGCCCUGCUGGGCAGGAAGCAGAGCGCAGGUGAGGAGACGGUGAUGCAGCUGCUAGAAGACGCCACAGAGCUGCAUUUCUCUGCGCUUCGUGGGUUAAAUUAUGGUGUGGAAUACCUGCAGAUGCUGGACCUCAAUUUCCUUCUGCAAAUAGUGUGCAUGCACCUGGAGUCCAAACAGGAUUUUGUCCUCGUUCCUGGACAAACUCCACCAUUUUGGCUGAAACACUCAAAUGUGAUCAUGGAGACGGUCGUCAGAGCCGUUCCUGGGAUGACAGUGAACUGUUAUUAUAUGGCAUGCGUCAAGUUCCUUCUAGGUGAGCACAGAACAGCGCAGCACUUCUUGAAGCUGUGUGCAGAGAAAGACGCGUGUGUCCCGGAGGUGCACCUCCUGCAGGCCCGUCUGCACCUGAGCGCCGGAGAGCACAGCAGCUGUCUGAGCUGUCUGGAGGCUGCUGUCAGCGUCAGCUUCCAGGUUCGAGAUCGAUUCCAGUUCAAUCUGCUCAAAGCUCGUGCUCUGCUGAGAUCUGGAGACCUGAAGAACGCCAUCCAGUGUCUGAAGAUCACCGUGAACAUGCCCGGGGCCCUUAGGCCCUCAGAGGGGCCGCAGCUCUUCAUCUCCGACAGCGAGCGCGUGUCUGUGUACCUGGAGCUCACCGAGGCACUGAGACUCAACGGAGAGCAGCAUGAGGCUGCUAGAGUUCUGCAGGACGCCAUUCUGCGCUUCAAAGGCACACCGGACGAGACGCGUCUCAUGCUUGCUAACGUGGAUCUGGCUUUAGCGAGAGAUGACGUGGACGCCGCUGUAGUCAUGCUGCAAAACAUCCUCCCUACCGAGUCAACCUACGUCCAAGCCCGAGAGAAGAUGGCACGGAUAUACUUGGAGAGGAAACACAAUGAGAAGCUUUACAUCACAUGUUACAAGGAAAUAAGCGAGCAGCUUCCAGGACCUCAUACUAGGAUCUUGUUGGCUGAUGCCUUCAUGAAGAUACACCGGCCCGAGGAAGCAGUUAAGAUCUACCAAGAAGUAGAGAAAAUUGCUCCGACAGAUACUUUAGCCAAGAAAAUAGGCCGGGCUUUAGUGAAGGCUCACGAAUAUGACACGGCGCUGGGUUAUUAUGAGACGGCUCUGGAGACGGAUACGCUGGACUGUCUCGUGAGCGCAGAGCUGGCUGAACUGCUGCUUAAACUGAGACGAUUUGAGAAAGCUCAGCAGGUCCUGGAAAAGGCCUUGGAACAUGAACCUACUGCUGCGUUGACUUCCAUGAAGAAUGAAGUGACCGUUCUACGAGUGUUAGUGAAAGUGCUACGAGCCAGGAACGAGUCUGCACUGGACGUCAUGAAAAGGUUGCACGAUCUCCAGCAAAAAGUUGUUUUUCGGACCGCAAACGAGCAUCCGGAAGAAUUGGAGGAUCAGAGGAAGUUGUUAGCGGUGAUCUGUUGUGAUUGGGCUCAUGAGUUUCACCUCAGACGCGACCUGGAAAAGGCCAAACAGCUCUACACUGACGCUUUAAAUCACAGGCCGGACAGUGAGGAGGUCAUCUUUGGUCUGGCUCGGUUACACUACGAUCAUCAGAAGCUGGAUUACUGUGAGGAGCUGUGUCUGAAGAUCCUGCAGCUCCACCAAAACCACUCCGCUUCCUUGAUGCUGUUGGCUGAUACAUUAUUUUGGAAGAACCAAAAAGAGGAAGCAGUCAAGAUUUAUUCCAGUAUAAUGGAGAGAAACCCAGACAGCUUUCAUGCCAUGGCCAAGUUUCUGCACAUUCUGCGCAGGACGGGGAAACUCGAUGACGUCCGGUCUGUUUUUAUAGCGUGUGAACAGUUCAGUCCACUGUCGGUCAGAGAACCGGGUUAUAAUUACUGCAAGGGUCUCUACUUCUGGUCAGUGUUCAUCAGACGAUCUGACAGAGACGUCUUCGGAGGAGAGGUUUUAGAUAAAGGACCAAAGCACCUGAGCAGUGACUCCAGAAUAAGCACAGCUCGCAAUAUACUCUCCACGUUUCGCCCUCGAUCUCAAUCUGAGCAGGACAAGCUCAAGCUGCUCUGGAAUCUGUGUCGAAUCUACAGCAAAGAGUCCAGAGAGGUGGAGCGAGCCGUGCUGGAGCUCACAGACCUGCAGGCUAAGAGCGUGAUGUUGGAGGCGUCUUUGCUCGUGACGGCUCAAGGUUUCGUUCAGCUGAAGCAGAUUCCCAGAGCCAGAAACUUCCUGAAACGCCUCAGCGGGAUGGAGCGGAGCGACACAAACACAGAGGACCUGGAGAACGCCUGCCUGCUCCUGGCUGACAUGUACAUCAAGACGGGAAAAUACACACAAGUGGACAAACUGCUGGACAGCUGCAUACGACACAAUGAGUCAUGUAGUAAGGCGUACGAGUAUCGGGGUUUGCUGAUGGAGCGCGAGCAGAGACACAGCGACGCAGCGCUGCAGUAUGAACAGGCCUGGAAACACAGCAGAAGAGCUCAUCCUGCAGUCGGAUUUCGUCUGGCCUUUAACUACCUGAAGUGCAAGAACUACACCCUGGCUGUUGAUGUGUGUCAUCAGGUGCUGCAGCAGCGUCCAGAUUACACACAGAUCCAAGAUGAGCUUCUGACCCGAGCUCAGCUCUCUCUCCGUCUGUGACCGUGUGUGUGUGUGUGUGUGUGUGUGUGUGUGUGUGUGUGUGUGUGUGUGUGAUUUACAGCGACUGGGAUCAAGAUUUCCUUCUAAAACACUUUCAUUGAGAGAUUUUAGUUUGAAAACUAGUAUCAGUACAGGAACCAGUUCUCGCGAUAAACUAGUUGCUUAUUAUUAACAUAUUGACUGUUUAUUAGUACUUAAAAGCACAUAUUCUGCAUGAAUAUAUUCUACAUCCCUAAUCCUAACCAAUACUUGAACUUAAUUACUACCUUACUAACUAUUACUAAGAUGCAAAUUAGCAGUUUGAGGCAAAAGCAGUUAAUGGCUUGUUAAAAGUGAGAAUUUGACCUUGAAAUAAAGUGACCGAAAACUAAUAUACAAAUUAGAAUAUUUAUUAGUUAUGUUUAUGUACUAUAAAAAAUGUGUAGUUUAAGUGCUUCAGGAAAUUUUUAAUAAUCAGUGCACUGAACUUAUGUUACUAAAGAUUAAUGAAGCAGUUUCUCUGGUUUUAGGUCUAAUUUUCAUGUGUUUUUUUUUUUUUU